GGUAUGUGUUCUCGAGAUACAAGAACUUGAAGAGAAAAAUAAGCUUUACAUAAAAGAAUUCGAUCCUUGGAUGAAGAAAGAAGAUACGUUCUGUUGAUUCAUCGCGGGUCGCUAAUCGAAAAAGUGUCCAAAACAUCUCAUUUUCGCGUUCGCGAGCCGUUCGCGAGCAUCCGUAGACGCGCAUUUCGCGAGGCGCGGCUCUCGGGCAGGUCACUGCCCUCUCUGCCGAGUGAAGUCUUCUCUCGUAUACACUUGACUUUCAGCGGCAAAGGAAAGAGAGAAGAAGAAAGAAGAGAGGGAGGAAACAAGAUAAGGAAAGACACAGAAAACGAGAAAGAAAUAGAUACAGAGAAAAGGAGAAAGACAGAAAAGAAAGCACCCACUAUCUUUUGAUACGCGUCUUUAAAUCGGAAUCUCUCGAAGGUGAGAAAAAAAUGCAACGCAACGCCGGGCAGAGGACGGCAGUUCACGUCAUUGUGCGCGAUUAAUCUCCAUCCUGGAGGAUGUCGCGAUACGUGCAAUGAUGCGUCGAUACGUAAACGUGGAAGAUGACGAUGGGAUUAUCGCUGGUCACGAUCAUGAGGAGGAAGAACGACAGAUAGUGCGUAAUCGGAGCGCGCGAUUUUAUGACGACGACGAAUCACCGUGAGCCGGAAUUUGGCUAAGGCAGGUGGGCGUGUCGCGGUGAGAUAGAAGAGAUGAUCAUAAGGGGAUUGAUGCUCUUGGCCCUUCUCCUGGGAUUCCUAUCGGAUCAAUAUGGCGGCCAAGUCGUCGGCCAGGACGCGACGGCGGCAGCGGCAACGGCGACGGCGGCAUCCGACAAUUACUUUACCUUACAUAACCUACCUCAAAGGGUCACGCGGUUAGUGCCACGAAGGUCACCGAUGUUGCCGCAGGAUAGCGCCGCAACGAUGGGUCUGGCAAUGCAGAGCAGAGCGGUCGACACGCGGGUCCAGCUCGAGGUCAAGGAAGGCGAACCCAAAGGUACUUUGGUAGGCACGAUACCGGUCAAGCCUGAUUUUACCUAUAGGUUCAAUGAGCCGCCUCAAGAAUUUAUGCUUGAUCCGGAAACAGGCCAGAUAAGAACAGCUAAGGUUCUCGAUCGCGAAGCUCUAAGCAGCGAUCGGUUUGAUUUUGUUGUGCUAUCGAGUCAACCAACUUAUCCAAUCGAAGUGCGGAUCUUGGUGCUUGAUAUUAACGACAACAAUCCGGAAUUUCCGGAGCCUAGCAUUGCGGUGAGUUUCUCAGAAUCGGCUGUAGUUGGUACCAAGCUAUUACUAGACGCCGCAACAGACCGGGAUACGCCAGAGAACGGUGUGCUAGAUGACUAUUUUAUUGUGGAUGGCAAUACGGACGGCAAAUUUCGCCUGGAAGUUACGGGAAAUCCUACCGGUGAGACAUCAUAUUUACAUCUUGAGACUACAGGCAAGUUGGAUCGCGAGCAGAUAGAGUUCUAUUCGCUCAAUAUUUGUGUGCGCGAUCGUGGCCGACCUCCACGCUUAGGUUAUUUGUUGGUAAACGUGACGGUGUUAGACGUAAAUGACAAUUCACCCGUGUUUGAACAAAGUGAUUAUGUGGUAGCGUUAAAUGAGAGCGCUCCAAUCGGUACGAAAGUCCUGACAGUGCAUGCUACUGACAGGGAUUCGGAGGACAAUUCAAAAUUGACAUAUUAUCUACCGGACAACGAGCGCAAGUUCACAAUUGAUCCGGAGGUAGGUACGAUCACGACGGCCGAGCAUUUGAAGUGUCCUCAACAGGGCUGCACGGUAACACGUUCUGCUGGCGGUUGCCCUAAGAGCUGCGUUAUUACAGUCUUUGCACGCGAUCAUGGUUCACCCAGGCAGGACGGUCGUACUUACGUAACGGUGAAUCUAUUGGACGCGAAUGAUCAUGAUCCUGUGAUUAAGUUUACCUAUUUUCCAUCGACCGCGACUUUUGCCACCGUCGAUGAAAACGCUGCCAAGGACCAGAUCGUUGCUGUGGUAACAGUGUUUGACGACGACGAGGGCUUGAACGGCAAGACUAGUAUAGAGAUACGCGGCGGUAACGAGUUAGGUCAUUUUCGGCUAGAGUCGCAAACUGUCGAUAUCGUAAAGGUCAACGGCCGGUUAGAUCGCGAGGAAAUUCCCAAGUAUAAUCUCACGGUGGUCGCUACCGAUAAGGGCAUUCCGCCUAGAUCGGCCACGUCCUAUCUCGUGAUUCAUGUGAACGACGUCAACGAUCACGAGCCGGUAUUUCAACAGAGUGAAUAUUCAGCAGUUCUAUCGGAAUUUGCACCGAUUGGUAGUUUUGUCGCCAGCAUUUCGGCCACAGACGCGGAUUCUGGAUUAAAUGCACGGAUUUAUUACGAAUUCGGUUCGGGAAACGAGCAGGGCUGGUUUGCUAUUGACGGCGAUACCGGCCUGGUCACCACCGUUGCCACUUUGGACCGUGAAAUUCAAGGUAGCAUCGAGUUACAUGUGUCGGCGCGGGACGGCGGUCCAAACACCAAAUACGCGUUCACACAUCUCAAAGUGACAAUUCUCGAUGAGAAUGACGAAGCGCCGCGCUUUUCCGAAAACAUCGUCGAAAUCACGUUAUCGGAGAAUACGCCGCCCAAUAGUUUAGUAGCUACCCUGACAGCCGUCGACAACGAUCAAGGAACCAACGGUAGUGUCGCGUAUAGCUUUCAUUCCUGUGUCUCACACGAUUAUCCCAAGACUUUUGCGCUGGACGCUUUGACCGGUCAGUUGACGACUAAAAUUGCCUUAGAUCGGGAAACAAUAGCAGAGUACAGAAUUCUGGUCAUAGCAAAAGAUCAGGGCACGCCAGUACAAUCCUCAACUGCUACUGUGGUGCUAACGUUGGAAGACGUUAACGAUAACAUGCCAGUCUUUUAUCCUUGGAAAUAUUUAAUGCCUAUCUCUGAAGAUGCUCCAGCAGGCACGACAAUAGGUAAAGUGAUGGCGACUGAUGCUGAUGCCCGGGAAAACGCUCAAGUAAAAUACAUCCUGGAAUCUGGCGGCGAAGGUCUCUUUAUAGUGGAUGAGAAAACCGGCGAGAUUGCUCUUCAAGGCUCUUUGCGCGCCGCGCACAAAACCCUCUACGAACUGACCAUCUCAGCCAAGGAUACCGGCGAUCAGUUGGCAGCCAGAAAUGCGGUAGUGGAAAUAAUUCGCGAAGAGGAUUUAGAACAUCUCGAGUUUGAAACUUACAACGGCUACGAAUUCCGCGUAACCGAGAAUCAUGGCGAUUGCGAUUCCAUAUCCGGAUUCAGUCGAGAAGUCGGUUCGGUACAAGUCACGCAAUAUAGUAAUACUGGCAAGGUGAAUUACGACAUUGUUUUCGGCGAUUCUAAGGGCAAUUUUAGAAUUGACAAAAGUACUGGCGUUAUCAGCACCGUUGGUUGCUUGGAUCGCGAGAGAGUGGCUUAUUAUAGUUUGCAACUGUCAGCGCGCGCCGAUCUUGCGUAUGGUCAAACGACCGUUAACAUCACCGUACAGGAUGUUAACGACAAUCCUCCUAGAUUUCCCAGAGGCGAGCGGGGCGACGAAAUUUUUUUGCGGGAAAAUGCGGCAGUAGGACAGGAAAUAUGUUUAGCCCGUGCCAGGGAUCGUGAUGCCGGCGCCAAUGCCAGAAUCGUUUAUUCGCUUACUCAUAAUCCAGGCGAACAAUUUAGAAUCGCGGAAAAUUCGGGUAUCAUCUAUUUAAAUAAACCAAUCCAAGCAAUACCUGGUACGAUUCUCCAUCUAGAAGUGACAGCGACCGAUUCAGGUGAACCAUCGCUGUCCGCUCAGCAUCAGAUCAAGGUGACGAUUGAAGAUGUUAAUGAUCAUACGCCGGUCUUCCGGUUGACUAGCUACGAGAUCUCACUGCCGGAGUCCACGCCGGUCAACAAGCGUUUUUUCUCGCUAAUAGCUCACGACGCGGAUCUCGGCAUUAACGGUAGGAUAUUAUACAGCGUGACUGAUGGUAACGUUGAGGGUCGUUUUGGCAUCUUCCCGGACGGUCAGAUUUACGUGAAGAACAGGCUGGAUCGCGAAGAACGAGACUAUUACGCACUCGAGGUCACCGCGUCUGAUCAAGGCAGUCCUUCGCGAAGUUCCGUUGUCCCGGUGGUGGUGCACGUGAUCGAUGAGAAUGAUAACGCGCCCGAGUUCACCAACAGCAGUUUUAGCUUCCAUCUGCGUGAGAACGAGCCGCCCGAUACUUUUGUCGGUAAGCUGUUGGCUACCGAUCGCGAUGUCGGGCGUAACGCCGAUCUAAUAUUCUCCUUGCCGGCCAGCCAGCAAGAUUUUGUGGUCGAUCCGAGGAACGGUUUUGUCAAAUCGCUGCGCGUAUUCGAUCGCGAACUCCUGGUGACCAACACCGGCGGCAGCUACGUCACCUUAGAGGCCACUGUCACCGAUAAUGGUGUCAAUCAUCUUCGUGAUCGCGUCAAAGUCACUAUCCAUAUCACUGACGUAAACGACAAUGUGCCACAAUUUCAGCGUUUGCCUUAUCGGGUGCAAGUGAGCGAAGGCGCCGUGAUCGGCACGCAGUUAUUGAGAGUAUAUACAACCGAUGCCGACGAGGGCUUGAACGGUGAUGUGUUUUAUUCAUUGGAGAACGGCAAUCAGCACGGUCAUUUCAUAAUAGACGAAGCCACAGGACAGAUUUCGCUGGUGAAAGAACUUGAUCGCGAGACGUCCGAUACCUACGUGUUGACCGUCGUGGCGCACGACGCCGGUCUUGAGACGCGUCUGUCAUCCAGCACGACUGUCUACAUCGAAGUACUCGACGAGAACGAUAACGUGCCGCGCUUUAUCGACAAUAAAUCCCGAAUUUCCGUGCUCGAGACCACGCCAAUCAACACCGAAUUGUUGCGGUUCAAGGCUACCGACAACGAUCUCGGACCUAAUAGCGAACUGACAUUUGCCAUAUCGGCCGGUAAUAGAAGAGAUACCUUCUAUAUCGAUCCACUGACCGGUAUCCUGUAUUUACGAAAAUCACUAGAUUAUGAAGAGCUAGAACGUUACACACUGAACUUAACCUGUAGCGACGGUGGUCACCCGAGGCUUAGCUCGAUUACCAGCCUGAUUGUCGAGGUGAUCGACACCAACGAUAAUCCACCGGUAUUUCCGAAUACGGCAAUAGUGCGUCAGAUACGCGAAGGUAUUCCCGUGCGAACGCCGAUCGUCACCAUCACCGCCGAGGAUCCGGAUUCGGGCGACAAUGGUAUGGUGAGUUACUCGAUUCUCAAUCAAGACCCGGAGGAUCAAGUGCGGCGUUUCGGUAUCAAUCCGUUGAGCGGCGUAAUUCAUACAUUGUUGCCGAUUGAUCGUGAGGAAGUAGACACCUUCAAACUUGUAAUAGUCGCGACCGAUCGGGCGCAGCCGUCAAGCGCGCGCUUGUCCGCCGAGAAGCUAGUAAUUGUGAUCGUCGAAGAUGUGAAUGACAACGCGCCGUUAUUCGUCAGCAUGUCCGCAGUAGUGUUACCGCCGCUGCGCGCCGGCAAUCUCAACUAUUAUCAGUCUUCGGCGAAGGAGAUCGUGGUGACGCAGCUGGUCGCCCGCGAUCUCGAUUCCAGCACCAACGGCCUGGUGACGUACGAAUUGCUCCGUUCGAACGUCAACUAUUUGGACAUGUUUCGUAUUCACCGUAGCACCGGUCAGCUCACCAUGAGAUUCCCGCGAUCAUUCUCGAAGAGGAGCAGUCUCUUCGAAGGGAUAUCCAAAUAUCAGGUCGGUGUCCGAGCGACAGACGAAGCGGUCCAGACGGAACGUCGUUCGUCGGAGACUUACGUGACCUUGAUCGUGCCGGGCGAGGACGGCGAUGAUCAGCCGAUCUGGGAACACCGGGGUCAGAUCGAGGGCAGCGUUUAUGAGAACGAACCGGUCGGUACCAGCAUCCUGCGUGUGAGCGCGCGCAACCGACGUUCGAACAUCGAGCUCGAGUAUUACGUGACGAACGUGACCGCCGGCGGCGGGCCCGACGACGGGCUCCAGGUCGAUCGGCUCUUCGACAUCGACACGAAGACCGGCGUGCUAUCCACCGCGGCCAAGCUCGAUCGCGAAACCGGCGUCCAGUGGUAUGAGGUUGAACUGUACGCCAUCGGCAUAGGCGGCACCAGGCCCAGUACCACGUCCACCAAGGUACGCGUGACGGUGCUGGAUAAGAACGACGUAGCACCUACGUGGGGUCCCGGCCCGUGGAAAUUCAAGAUAUCCGAGGAGGCGCCGCCCAACACCGUUGUCACGAUACUCAAGGCCCACGAUCCGGACACUAUCGGUACCCUGACUUACACCCUGGUGCCGAAUCAUCGUCAUCAUCAUCAUGCCAAUAGCCGCGGCGAGGUGUUCGCCGACGAAGACGAUGACGACGGGAUGCAGACCCAAUUCAAGCUGCAUCCGACCACCGGCCAGCUAAGACUCGCCGAGGCUCUCGAUAGGGAAACGAAGGAGAAAUAUGUAUUGAGAGUGCGCGCCGACGACGGCCUGCAACACCGGGAUGUCAUGCUUAACAUACAGGUCACCGACACCAAUGACAACGCGCCGACCUUCCAAAGCACGGCUUAUUCAUUCGACAUCCCGGAGAACGUGCCGAGGGGCAGCCGCGUGGGCCAGGUGAUCGCGACGGACGCCGACGCCGAGGGACCCAACAGCCAACUGAGCUACGUGCUUAUCUCCGAUUGGGCGAACGACGUGUUCUCGCUGCAUCCGAGCACCGGCGUCUUCACGCUCACCGCGAGUCUCGACUAUGAGCAGGUGCAGCACUACAUCCUCGUCGUUCAAGCGACAGACGGCGGUGUGCCGGUGCUGUCAUCUACCGUGACGGUGUACUGCAACGUCGUCGAUUUAAACGACAACGCGCCGAUCUUCGAGACCGGGCCGCACGCAGCUGAUAUCGUGGAAAACGCGACCAUCGGCACGCCUGUACUCACCGUGGCUGCCCAGGACCUGGACUCCGGUGACAAUGGUAGGAUCUUGUAUGCCAUCGCUGCUGGCGACGAAGACGGGAACUUUGGGGUGGCACCCAACGGUACUCUCUUCACACGCCAACUCCUCGACCGCGAACGUAAGCCGCUUUACAACCUGGUGGUGAGCGCCACUGACAGUCCAUUACCGCCAGCUCAGUCGUUGUCUUCCACGGUGCAGGUGACAGUGGUGUUGCUGGAUGUGAACGACAUGUCGCCAGAGUUCAUAUCGCCCACGAAGAUAUCGAUAAUUGAAAACGCGCCGAGCAACACGGUGGUGAUGGCGAUAAAGGCCGUUGACCGGGACGAGGGUCGAAACGGUUAUGUCGAGUACAUGCUUGAAGACAACAACUUGCCGUUCACUCUGGGCCUAGUGGACGGACUGCUGCGCGUGUCUGGACCGCUAGACCGCGAGCAAAAGUCCAACUACACCCUGGGGGUCACCGCCAGAGAUCGCGGUGAACCAUCGAGAUCGUCGUCGAGCACCGUCACUGUCAUGGUACUUGACGAAAAUGACAACUCGCCGGUGUUCGAUCCCAGACAAUACUCCGCCACUGUCGCCGAAAACGCCAGCAUCGGUGCCAGUGUCCUUCAGGUGUCGGCGAUGGAUCGCGACGAGGGCGCGAACGGCAGGGUGCGAUAUAGCAUCGCUAUGGGGGAUGACAAUCGGGACUUCACGAUCUCGGAGGACGGUGGUGUGAUUCGGGUGGCGAAGAACCUGAACUUUGAGCGCAAACCCUACUACCACCUGACGAUCCGCAGCGAGGAUUGCGCGGCGGAAGUGGGCGAGACGCCGCGUAGCGAUACCACCCAGGUCGCUAUCACAGUCCUCGAUAUCAACGACAACGCGCCGGUCUUCCUCGACUCGCCCUACCUGGCGCAUGUUAUGGAGAAUAUGGUGCCGCCGGGUGGUGGUUUCGUCAUACAGGUUAAAGCAUACGACGCGGAUACGCCACCGUACAACGAUCAAGUCAGAUACUUCCUUAAGGAGGGCGACACGGAUCUGUUUCGCAUAAAUGCUAGUACCGGUGACAUAUCGCUUCUUCGACCAUUGGACAGAGAACUGGUGUCUGAAUACACGCUCACUUUAGUAGCCAUGGAUACCGGUUCGCCGCCCCUUACCGGUUCGGGCAUUGUCAAGAUCGUCGUCCUCGACGUGAACGAUCAUAAUCCCGAGUUCGCUCGGCAGGACUACAAGGCAAGCGUGAUGGAAAACAUGCCCGCAGGAACAUGGGUCACCAAGCCGCGUGCCACGGACAAGGAUGAAGGACUCAAUGCAAAAAUAAGAUAUCGUCUACUUGGGGACAAAGCGGAGCGGUUUUCCGUGGAUUCCGAUACGGGUGAAGUAUUCACCACGGUGCCACUGGACCGCGAGCAGACUGCCGUGUAUCAUCUGACCUUAGUAGCCCGAGAUUCGAGUCCAACGGAGCCACGUGCCUCCACCGUCAAUCUGACUAUCUCGGUGAUGGAUGUGAAUGACAAUGCGCCCCGCUUCUCCAGUCCCCGAUACACGGCCUACGUUCCAAGCGCGACCAAACCCGGCGAUUUCGUGUUCGGCGCGAAAGCGAUCGAUAACGAUGAUGGCGACAAUUCGCGGAUCGUUUAUCGACUACAGGGCAAGGAUGCCGAUCGGUUUACCAUCGAUCUCGACAACGGCGUGGUACGCGCCGCUCAGGAACUCGCCGGCGACCAGGUCACUUAUCAACUACAGAUUCAGGCGUCGGACUGCGGCGCCGAGCCCCAGCACGUCACCGCUGAUCUGAUGAUACACCUGUGGGAGCGGCAGCUAUUUCCCAGCUUUCGCUCGAGCAUUAGCACGAGAUUCACGCUACCCGAAGACGUGCCCGAGGGCAGGGUGAUCACUAAGCUGAGCGCGACCACGCCGAAGAGCGGAUCGGCCAGUAAUCUGAUAUAUGGCAUGGCUGGCGGUAACGUGGGAGACGCUCUGAGAAUCGAGCCUCACACCGGAGAGGUCGUGGUCGCAUCGGGCUUCGAUUACGAGACGGCGCCGCAUUACGAAGCCUGGAUUGAGGUACGCGACUCGGAUACGCCCGCGUUGCGAAGCGUUCUGCAGCUUCUGGUGAAUGUCACGGAUGCUAACGAUAAUGCACCGGUGAUGGAGGCGGCCGUUUACAACGCUACCGUGCUGGAGGACGAGUAUCCGCCGUUGUUCGUCGGCCAAGUUGCCGCGAGAGACCGCGAUUCCGGCGAGAACGGUCAGGUCACCUAUCACCUGGUUGAUGACUUUUCCGAUACUUUCAUCAUCGAUGGCAAUUCCGGACAGAUUGAAACCAACGUCAAAUUGGAUCGCGAAGAGAUCGAGUCCUACGAAUUGAUUGUGGAGGCCAGAGAUCAAGGUCAUCCGCGAUUAACCGGCACUACUACCGUGCUGGUGACCGUUUUGGACAAAAAUGACAAUCCGCCGCAUUUCACGCGAUUGUUCAGUGUCAACGUGACGGAAAACGCAGAGAUCAAUACUUUCGUCAUUCGCAUCACUAGUAGCGAUCUAGACAUCGGCCAAAAUGCGAACGUUAGUUACAGCUUUACCGACAAUCCGGGAGAAAAGUUCUCUAUCGACACUCUGAGUGGAAAUGUGACUGUGAUUGGACACCUCGAUAGGGAGGAGCAGGACGAGUAUUUGCUAAAGGUUGUAGCGGCAGACGGGGCGUGGCAAACGGAGACUGCUCUGACGAUUACCAUUCAAGACCAGAACGACAACGCGCCCGAGUUUGACGAAAAUACUUAUUACUUCCACUUUCCCGAGCUUCAGCCGGCGGUGGCGCACGUCGGCCAGGUCACCGCGAUCGAUCGCGACAAGCAGGGACCAAAUUCCGUCAUAUCUUACAGUCUGCUUCAACCAUCCGAUCUCUUCGCCGUCGACCCGGCGACUGGCGAUGUCUUCAGCAAGCGCACUCUGCGCUACAAGCAUAGUAAUCAACCGUCCUCGCCGGAGAACUUAUACUCGCUGACGGUGAUUGCGACCGACAAUGGCAAACCACCGAUGUCUUCGAGAACGGUGGUACAUGUGAACGUGGUGGAUGCCAACAACAACGCGCCUCGCUUCGAACAGAAAUCCUACUUGUCACCAGUACCGGAAAAUUACGGGGUGAGCAAGCGUAUCAUCCAGCUGAUUGCCCAUGAUGAUGCCGAUUUUGGCGUGAACGCGGAGGUCGAUUACACGUUGACGUACGUGAAUGGCACCAGCGAUCUGUUUGCCAUCGAGGAACAAACUGGCUGGGUUUACGUGCGCAAGAGCCUCAAUGGUAUCCCCAUCGGCACAGUGUUCCCGUUGAAGGUAUAUGCCACUGAUAAAGGUGUGCCGCCACAAAGGGACGAGGUUAUUCUCACUCUUGUCAUCUCUGGUGAGAACCGACACGCACCUACGUUUGCCGCCGUCAGUCACCAGGUGAGAGUGCCGGAGAACGAACCGGUCAACACAACCAUCUUGACGGUGAGCGCCAUGGAUAGCGAUAGCGGACCCAACGGUAUGGUACGCUACAAAAUCUCUGCCGGCAACGAGAGAAACGAGUUCUCCGUGCAUCCCAUCACUGGCGCGAUUACCAUACUCGAACCUCUCGAUUACGAUUUAGUGCAAGAAUAUCAGCUCAAUAUUACCGCGAUGGAUCUAGGAUUCGAGCCGAAGCAGGCAGUUGCCACUUUAAUCGUUAACGUUUCCGACAUCAAUGACAAUCCUCCAACUUUCAAUCAGAGCGUAUAUGAGGCGUUUUUAUCAGAGAACUCGCCGCCCGACAGUUUUGUUUACAAGGUAGUCGCCCAGGACAUCGACUCUCCUAAGUACGCUGUAGUGCAGUACAAGAUUCUCGGCGGUAGCGGCAAGGAUCACUUUAGCAUUCGCGAGGAAACAGGCGAAAUUAUGUCAGAUACCAGCUUCGAUUACGAGGAGUUGAACGAAUAUAGUCUUGAUAUUGUCGCGGCUAAUCCGGACUCAAAUCCGCAGAUGGUCGGUUUCACGACCGUGAUGGUGCAUAUCACCGGCGUAAACGAAUUCUAUCCAAAGUUUAUUCAACCGGUAUUUCACAUGGACGUGUCGGAGAGCGCGGACGUCGGCACAUCAGUUGGUCUGGUCCAGGCAACCGAUCAAGACUCGGGCGAAGACGGUCGCGUGUAUUAUCUUUUCGUGGGCUCCUCCAACGACCGCGGUUUUUCUAUCGGCACGGAGACCGGCGUCAUUCGGGUAUCGCGUCGACUCGAUCGCGAGACGCAGAAUCGCGUGGUGCUAACGGUAAUGGCGAAGAACGGCGGCGGUAUACGCGGUAACGACACCGACGAGGCGCAGGUGAUCAUCUCCAUUCAGGACGGUAAUGAUCCGCCCGAAUUUCUGCAAAACUCUUACGAUGCAAGCGUAUCGGAAGGUGCCGUCUACGGCACGCGCGUCGUCACUGUUCGCGCCAUUGAUAAGGACAUCAAGCCGCAAAACAAUCAAUUCUCGUAUUCCAUCAUCGGCGGUAAUCACGGCCAAGCGUUUAAGGUCGAUCCGCAGACUGGUGAUAUCGAGACGGCGAAACAGCUGGAUCGCGAGACUGUGCCCGUUUACGAUCUGACAAUCGGCGCGAUUGACACCGGCUCGCCACCGCAGACUGGCAUUGCGAUGGUGCACAUUGAAUUGCUUGACAUCAACGACAACGGACCGGUCUUUGACCCGCCAGAAGUGAUCGGUUACGUCAGCGAGAAUGAGCCGGCUGGUACUAGUGUGAUGACUUUGAGCGCGACUGAUCCCGAUUUGCCGCCCAACGGCGCACCGUUCACGUACAAAUUGAUCGGCGGAAGGCAAAGCGACGUGGUCACCUUGGAUAAGCAUUCCGGCGUGCUGAGAACAACCAAGAGUCUCGACAGAGAAACAAUGCCACAACUGGAUCUCAUAGUUGAAGUGGAAGACUCAGGAGUACCUCGAAUGAAGAGCGAGCACACCGUUACCGUGAUUGUCACCGAUCAAAACGACAGCCCGUCCGCCCCGAGAUCGGUCCAUGUGAUCGUGCGCUCGUUUAACGGCAAGACACCGUUGGGAAAGAUCGCCGAUGUUCAUCCAAAUGACCCGGACAUCACCGGAGCUUACUCUUGCAAGAUACUUCAGAGUUCGAAUCCGCGCGUGCUCAGUAUCCCCAAUGCCUGUGAUCUACAUACUAAUAAGAUUACACCAGAAACCGGCCACUCAUUGAGCGUCUCCGGUAAUGACGGACGACAUCCCGACGUGGUCUCCAAGGUUACGAUUGAAUUCCUGCUUUUUUCGAAUGCCACAAUCGAGAACAGCAUAACUCUGCAAAUUUCCAAAAUGACUGCAAAGGAUUUUCUCAGUCAAUAUUAUCGAGCACUUUUGGAUCUACUGCGGGAGAAGAUUGAUAUCGGCGACACACUUAUCAUUUUCAGCAUCGGUGAGAACGGACAGGAUGUGAAUGUUCACUUGGCAGUAGACUCUCCGCAAGGCUAUCGUACCAAGUACGAAGUGACCGACCUGUUGAUGCGAAAUCGAGAUCAAAUCCAAAUGCUAUUCGAAGAUAACACGUUCACCAUCGGCUAUUCUCCGUGUAAGCACAUACCAUGCGAAAACGGUGGCAGCUGCAGCGAUAGAUUGGCCAUAUACGACGAUGCCAGAAUCACCGACAGCCAGGCACUGAUCCUAACAUCGCCCAGAAUGAUGCACGAGAUGAUCUGCAAAUGCCGGGACGGCUUCACCGGCGACAAAUGCGAGAGAAGGCAGGAUCCGUGUUCACCGAAUCCUUGCUUGUUGGGAGGGCAAUGUCGGCGUUUGGGAUACGAUUUCCAAUGCAUUUGUCCCAUCGAUCGCGACGGCAAACUAUGCGAGCUCGAGAGAGGCGACGCGUGUGCCAGCAAUCCAUGUCGAAACGGGGGAUCGUGCAGAAACAGCCCAGAUAGCUUUAGCUUUUUCUGCCUCUGCCGAGCGGGCUAUAGGGGAAAUCACUGCGAGGCAAUCACCGACUCUUGUCGACCGAAUCCUUGUCUAUACGGUGGUUUGUGCGUGGGAGAGAAACCUGGAUAUCGAUGCAGCUGUCCCGAAGGUCGCUAUGGACGACAUUGCGAGCGCUCGACCUUCGGCUUCGACGAGCUGUCAUACAUGACAUUCCCAGCAUUGGACUCCAACACGAACGACAUCACCAUCGUGUUCGCCACCACGAAGCCGGACGCUUUAUUGCUGUACAAUUAUGCGCCGCAGACAGGCGGCCGCUCGGAUUUUGUCGUACUAGAGUUGGUUAACGGUCGAGUGAUCUUUUCGUAUGGCGGUGCCAGAAGCGCGAUCACCACCGUCGCCAUCAAGACUGAGAAACCGGUAUCGGACGGCGAGUGGCGCAAGGUCACCGCGACCAGAAAUGGCAGGGUCGUCUCGCUUAGCGUGUCCGUUUGCAGGGAACAUGGUGAUGUCUGCGACGAUUGUAGACCUGGCGAUGGUACCUGUUAUGCAGCCGACGUGGGCCCAACCGGGACUCUGAACUUCAAUAACAAUCCUCUUCUACUGGGUGGUCUGGAGAACGCCGAUCCCGUACUAGAACGUCCCGGUCAAGUGCAUUCCGACGAUUUUGUAGGUUGCAUUCAUUCAGUGUCGAUAAACGGAAGGGCCCUGAAUCUGACGAAUCCGCUAGCGUCGCGCGGCGUCAAGUCCACGUGCGUGAGAUCGCAGCGAAGUCCUUGCUUAAGAGACGAAAAGGACACCACUUCCAUCUGCGGUGCAGGCGCGCGAUGUUACGACAAGUGGCACCAAGUGAUAUGUCAAUGCGGAUCUUUAACAGCGCCCAACUGUCACGGUGCCAUGGACCCCAUCACAUUGAGCGAGGGAGGAUUUAUCGAGUUUAAGAUUUCGGAAAAACACAAAAGGAUGCAAUUGUUGGAGUAUAUCUAUGGUGGCUCGACAAUGUGGUAUACGAAUCGCGUUAGGCGUGAUCUUAUCGAUGACACAAACUUUAUAACAAACUCCUCUCCAUCCAAGACGAUUGGUCUGAUGUUCCGUACUGUAAAACCAGAUGGUAUCUUAAUAUACGCUGCGACUAAUAAGCAUUUUACAUCCGUAGAGCUUCGUAACAAUCAGCUGGUUUACACUUCUCUACUCGGAUCAUCAGUGAACAUGUCAAUAAACAUCGAGCGCGGAUUCGCCGAUGGACAUUGGCAUAAUUUGACUCUCCAUGCCUAUACCGGAGGAUUAAGACUACUGGUUGAUGGUAUCGUAAGAGGUGAUGAGUUGGAUUCGGCGGGUGUUCACGACUUUCUUGAUCCCUACUUAUCUAUUCUGUCGAUUGGCGGAGUUAACCGGGAUCUCUAUUACGCUCAUAGCGCUGAUACUUCGAAAAACUUCGAAGGUUGUCUAGCUAACUUUACCAUCAAUAACGAAGUGCAGCCGUUCAACGGCUCCGGUUCCAUUUUCAAAAAUACAUUGUAUCACGGCAAAGUGAGUACCGGCUGCAGAGGACCAAUCGGCAUCAGUGCAGCCGCAACCGCAGAUCCUCUUAGUAUUGGCAUCACUCUGGUCAUCGUCUUCUUCGUCAUUCUGCUGAUCGCGAUGCUAGUGAGCUUCAUAGUAUUUCGACUGCGCCGACAGAACAAAGAAAAGUCGCCGCCGUCGGUUGUCAACAAGAACACGAAUGCCAUCAUGACCGGUAAUUCGCUGGUUGGCGCCGGGAACGACAAUCUCAUGUCCCGACACGAAAACACGUACAUCUCGGACACGUCGGAUCUGCGCGGUGUGGGUCACAUGGGGCCUGAAUUAAUCUCGAAAAAGUACAAGGAGCGCGAGAUCAACGCCACUACCGAACAUCGACCGCAACGACCCGACAUCAUCGAGCGAGAGGUCACCAAGUCACCGCCUAUUCGUGACGAACACCCGCCACUGCCACCUCCUGCACAGACUUCUUUACAUUCGCACGAGCAUAAUCCGGAACCCGACAUCCCGGAACACUACGAUCUGGAAAACGCUAGCUCAAUCGCUCCCAGCGACAUCGACAUCGUGUAUCAUUAUAAGGGCUAUCGCGACGGCAUGAGAAAAUAUAAGGCCACUCCACCUCCUUUAGGUAAUUAUAGCAAUCAUCAUAAGCACACGGGACAGCAACAUCGUCAUACCGGGCCCUUUCCACCGCGAGCUAUGCCGCCGCCCAAUGUGAACCAACCACCUGGACCGGCGCCGAAACUACUCCAAAGUACCCCAUUAGCGAGACUUUCACCCAGCAGCGAAUUAUCCGCUCAACAACCGCGGAUUCUUACGCUUCAUGACAUCAGCGGGAAGCCGCUGCAAAGCGCGUUGCUGGCCACCACAUCCUCGUCUGGUGGUGUCGGCAAAGACGCGUUGAAUUCCAACAGUGAGAGGAGCCUGAACUCACCCAUCAUGAGUCAGCUGUCGGGCUCGACCGCCAGCAGGAAGGCUCCGCAAUCCAAUAAUGAGAAUUCAGUGAACAAUGUAUCUUCGGGCCCAAUGGGUCUCACCGCGGAGGAGAUCGAGCGACUGAAUUCUCGCCCGAGAACGUCUAGUCUAGUUUCCACCCUGGACGCCGUGAGUUCGUCUAGCGAGGCACGGGGUCCAUCCGCUCAUGGACCCUUGCAUCAUCAUCGACGUCAUACACCACCUGCGGAGAGACUCGAGCGACGAAAUUCGUCGACCACCGACGAGAGCGGCAACGACAGCUUUACAUGCUCGGAGAUCGAAUACGACAACGGUUCGCUGGUAGGUGACAAGCGAUCCGACAACCUGUUCGCGAAGCAAGAUGACGAGGGUAGCGGACCUCAGGGUAGCAGGAGCAACGUUGAGUCGUCACCGUCGACGAAACCACCAUUACCGCCGAACGUUGUCAGCAACUAUGAUGGCUUCGAUAGCUCGUUUCGCGGUUCUCUCAGCACUCUCGUCGCCUCGGACGACGAUCUAUCGACCCAUAUGGGAGGGCUGCUCUACGGCAAUCAUGCCAACAACGGCUCGCCUACCACUACCACCACCACCAUCACCGCUGAAGAUGCUCUUAGCUGGGACUAUUUGCUCAAUUGGAGACCCAACUUCGAGAGCCUCGUCGGUGUCUUCAUCGAUAUUGCCGAAUUACCGGACAGUACCAGUCGAGUACCUAGAUUACCGGCAAAUAUUCCCAAACCGUCCGAGGAAUACGUUUGAAACAAUCUCACGAAAGGUGCUGAGACAAUUUAGUAAACUAACUAAUAAUCUAGUUUAGUGAUCUUGAAAAUUUUUUUAGAGAAGAUUGUAAAGAUUCUCCUUGUCUGAAAAACGGCAAAAUCUACGACGUAGAAAUGUUGCUGUUUAAUUAACUAGCUGGACAUUUGUAAAACAAUAGUAUAUAUAAAUCGCGAUAUCCAGGCAUCGGGCUUUGGAUGAUCUUGAGUCAUGCGAGAAGUCGAGAACGCGUUUAAGAAAAGUGCCGAUUUUAAAACGUAGAGUUUAAGUGUUAUUGGUGAAAAAUCGUUGCAACAUUUACGACGUUGCAGCGAGAUGCCGCGCCAAACGCGCGAUCAUCUUGCCAUAAAAUGUAAUUUUUCUCGAAGAAAGAAAGAGAGAGAGAGAGAGAAAGAGAGACUCGUUAUUCUUUAUCGUACUCUUUUAUUUCGCAAAUGUUUGUAAAUAUUGAAUGAUACGUUUCUAAUCAAAACAACUCGUUCGCAAAAUGUUUAUCUCUCGGUUAUACGAUCGGUCGAAUUGCACAAAACUUUUCUUGCGACUAAUGAUCGAUUAAUAUCGAUUGCAAUUAAAAUUAAAAUUAAUAUUAUUUAAUAUUAAUAUAAAAUUACGUAAACUCGUGCAAUAUUAAUAUUACUAAUAAUAUUGGUUUUGAUUAAAUGAAUAUUGAUGCUCAAUUUGCGGGAAACAUAUUCGUAUCUCAUGCAUCUCGGACGAUCGUACGCGAUAUUAAUAACGAAACAGGAUCAUGCGAAUUUACGUUGAAUGUCAUUUUAAUUACGAAAUGAAAAAAUACGCGACUAGGCAUCAAGGUAAUCUAAUUACCUAGCAACUUUUGUAUAUAUCCUAAACAGCCAUAUCAGAUAUACACUCGAUACAGUCGCAUACAUUGUAAUUAUUGAUUAAAUGGCUAAAUGUAUGCAUGCGUAUGUGUGUAUGCGUGGCAUAUAAGCAUUCUUACCUCAGAAUAAUAUUUAAAUCAGAGAUUAAAACUAUUAUACGUUUUUAUUUAUUUAGAUUGCAAUACGAGAAAACCUUUGAGAUAUAUAAUUACAGCAUACAUAUUCUCUAAAUAAUUUAGUCUUUAAAUAUAUUUUUUAUUCUUAUAUAUAAUUAAAAAUGUAUUAUUUUAUAAUUAUGUUUUAAAAAUUAAUUUCUUGAUAAUAAUAAAAGAUAAAACUAUAUAUAAAAGAAAUUAGUAACAGAAUUGUGAAUAUCUCUCGUGUAUUGCAAUUCGAUAAGUAGAAAAAUACUAUCUCGAUGAGUUUGAAUUUCAAUGUUAUAAAUUAUAUUAAUAUUUUUCACGGUAAUAAAAACGCCAUUAUUAAUGUAAAAUCCAUUAUUCUGUAAAUAAAAUUUAAAUUUGCCAAAAUUAUAAUAGUUUUAAGAUAUGAUUUGAAUAAUACUUGUUAAAUUUACAAUUUUUCGAAAUACGUCAAAGCCAUUCUUAGCCAUUCAAUCGAAAAAAAUGCAUUUUGAUUGAAAGAACGUCUGCCAAGAGAAGGAAGAAAGAGUUUGUCUUCCCUCAUUAUAAGAAAUAACUUCACUAUACCAAUAUUACUCGAAUUGUAACGAUAAUCGGACUAUCGCUGACAGGAUUAUAUUAGUUAAUGUAAUUGUCGUGACGAUUUCGUGCUCAAUUUGUAUUCGUUAGAGAGACAAUAAUGCCGUCGUAGCGUUCCUGAGAGUACCUGCUUCUCGCAGACUCUACCAGACUGAUUUUUUUUUUUUUUGCUUAUUUUUGCAAUUUUGCGAGUAACGGCUCGCUUGAGAUACGUUUACAUUGUAAAUUAUGACAGAUCUGUCUGCGAUCUUUCUCAUCCUGUAAAUAAAACUCUUGCGUAUGUGAGUAAGUUGUACAAAAGUGCGAAUGCGUGCGCGAGUGCGUGCUACUUUAUCAUCAUCGACCAUAAUUUUUAAUAGAGAUGACAAAUUUGUAAAAA